AUGUGGCGCUCUAUGCAGUUGAUGCUGUGUUUUGUGACAGCAAAUAUUGGAUAUAGAGAUGAUCCAAGUUAUGUGAUGACUUCACAAGGACCAGUACGAGGACAAAAAGAGAAUGACGGGGUGUACACAUUUUACAACAUUCCAUAUGCCACCGCUCCUACUGGGGAAGAUAAAUUUAAGGCACCUUUGCAGCCACCGGAGUGGACCGCACCAUUUGAAGCAGUGGACAAGGACGUUAUUUGCCCACAAGCAGAAUUCGGAAAUAAUCAAUUUAUGAAAAAAAAGAAUAUGCAAUCGAAUUGUCUGAUAGCUAAUGUUAAUCCGGUACCGGAAGAGUCAUCUUUACCACUGUCUUGGCCACCAACAAAUGCAGAUAGAGAUCCUUACAUCACAUUGGGUCCUACAGUUGAAAUAAGUGGCAGAAUAUUAGAGGAACAGAUUAAUUUCUGGGAUGAAAUUUAUCGGAAACACUACAGAGACCCUAUACCACCACCAAAGUCUUCGCCUGCAACUUCUUCACAUCGUAUAAAAAUGUUUCAAAAGCGAAUUGGAUAA